AUCGGGCAGCUGUGUUCCUCCCCCGCCGGCGGAGAACUCCUGUGGCUGUCGGCUACACUGGAUGUUGGUUCUCGAGCGAAUCUCCCGGCCUUACUUGCAGGCUGGGAAUCUAUCACCACUUUUUCGCCUAACUUCCUGGGGUUGACACGGCGUUUGCCGAUGCACUGGAGGAAGCACCCAUCAUGAAUUUGUCUCUUGUUGAUCCCUUCGUCCUAGCGCAGGAUUAUCCCGACACCUUGACAGAGAAGCUGAGAAGUGGACAUGCGACUUGUCUACGGUUCAACCGCAAAGGAGACUAUCUAGCGUCUGGACGGGUUGAUGGAACAGUGGUCAUUUUUGACGUGGAGACGAACGGGGUCGCGCGAAAGCUACGAGGCCAUACCAGGCAGAUUCAGUCACUAAGUUGGUCCAGAGACGGUCGGUAUCUUCUCAGCUCUUCUCAGGAUUGGAAAUGUAUCCUAUGGGACUUGAAAGAUGGCUCCCGGGUCCGCACCGUCCGUUUUGAAGCCCCUGUAUACAUCGCGGAACUACAUCCUUAUAACCAUCUGCUAUUUGUAGCUUCUCUUUUUGAAGAUCAACCUAUCCUCGUGGACGUCUCGUUGCCCAAACCAGUCAAGCGCAUUCUUCCUUCUGCCCCAUUCCGUCCUCCACCACCAAAGAACGAAGAAAUUGAUCCCGCCGUUGCUGCAAAGCAAGCCGCACAGGACGCGAAGCAUUCAACAUGUGUUACGGUCUUCACGGCUCUAGGAAACCAUAUCAUAGCGGGUACAUCUAAAGGUUGGAUCAAUAUCAUUGAAACACAAACCUGCACCACGAUACAUUCCACUCGCCUCUGCAAUGGUGUGGUCAUCCUACUUCGCUUAGCGAGUAACGGUCGGGACCUACUAGUCAACAGCUCCGAUCGCGUUAUACGCACAAUUCUCAUGCCGGAUCUCUCGCAGUUGGGCAUUGACCUGGAGCCUACCAACAUCAAGCUCCAAGUGGAACAUAAAUUCCAGGAUGUGGUUAACCGUUUAAGUUGGAAUCAUGUCGCAUUUUCUUCCACGGGGGAAUUUGUUACUGCAUCCACGUUCAUGAAUCCCGACAUCUAUGUUUGGGAGCGGAGUCACGGCUCUCUGGUCAAGAUUCUGGAAGGGCCCCGUGAAGAGCUGGGAGUGGUCGAAUGGCACCCUUGCCGUCCGAUGGUGGUUGCGUGUGGCUUGGAAUCCGGAUGUAUCUAUACAUGGUCUAUUGUGACCCCUCAGAAGUGGUCGGCGCUAGCCCCUGAUUUUGGCGAGGUCGAAGAGAAUGUCGAGUAUGUCGAACGCGAAGACGAGUUUGACAUUCAUCCGGCAGAGGAGAUCCAUCAGCGUCGUCUAGACCAGGAAGAUGAAGUUCCUGACGUGCUGACGAUCGAACCACACAAAGACGGAGCAGAGGAGGACAUUGUCACUUCAUUCCGCAUGCCUGUUCUCCUCGAUAUUUCGGACAGCGAAAGCGAGGAUGACAUCGUCGCUGUCGGGCCUGGCACGAUGCGCAGGCGCAGUCCGGGUGCAGGCCGGGACCGAGCGAAUGCGAACGGAGAUGGAGAGAAGGACAGUACCACUGGCGGUAGGAACGGCACCACGCGAGCUCAGAAAGGUCGAAGGCGUUGAUGUGCACCUCUAGUUGGCUCCAAUACUGCGUUCCUUUUUGGUCUCUUCAUGCUCCACUUCUUUUUUAUCCCUUUCACCCUGCAAGUCAUCUAUUAAGUUAUGUGUCAGUUAAUCUGUCGUGGGUUGUUGGGCGUUCGGCAAAAGGUUUCAGGGGAC